AUGGACAACACAUCCUCUCCUCUACUCGAACAGGGCCAAUCCGCCCGCGUCUUGGGCGUCGUGGAGAUGCUCGAGAACAUACUGCUCAAUCUCAGCCCCGCCGAUACUCUACGAAAUGCACAAGGGGUCUCAAAGUUCUGGCAAGAGGUUGUUCAAGGAUCAAAUGCCCUUAAGAAGAAGUGCUUCUUGGUUGCCGACGAGAAGAGCGAAGAGGAAACAGACCGUCGGUUGUUUCUCGGGGCGCAUCUUCCAGACUUGAGCAAUCCCCUACUUGCAAAAUGGAGCCAGUUUGGAGACCUUGAGGAACUUUGUCAACUGACAGAGGUGACUCCGGGUACUCUUCGCGCACUAUUCGCCGACGACCCGACAGCCGACGAACCAGAUGCCAUCCGCCGACUACAAUACAAAGUGGGCAUCCAGGACUAUUUCGAGACGCUCAAUGACGAUAAAGAGAUCAUCCCUCUGACGAUCAACGUGGGCCGUCAGUGUCGCGGCUUUUGGCCUGAUGAUGAAUACGACCCGCGAACCUACGAGUCGCUGCUUGACAUGUCACGGUUGAACCCGCUGCUUCGCCGAUCGUGGGCAGGGAAAGCGUCCGCUAUCUUCACCGGCUACGAGAAACACAUGAUCUUCUUACUGGGCGACAACUUCAACGAGGGCUGCGAGUACUUCACAUACAUUCGGGAAUUUCUGGAAACCUUCGCAAAUGCCAUGAGCACCGAUGCGUCAAGACGGCCCUGGAGAACGGUUCAGAUCAGUUCACCUGCCGUCACGAAACUUACCAUCAUGACCUCUCUACCUGGGUGGUUCGGCGCUGGAACUCACGAUUAUCUCGGUGAUGCUGGUAUCACGAUGCUUGAUUUCGCGCACGUGUUCAUCUGGACGAUCCGGAAAGCUUUGGAGGACUAUUCUCCAACUGAUCUGGAGUACUGGAUGGGUCAAAUGCGUUCGUUCAAGCGAGGUGGCAGGACAUGGAGGAGCUACAUGCGCUCAUACAAGAAAGAGCGAGACCUCAUCGAGAAGUUGAUGGACCGAAUUGACGACAUGAAGGGUAUAUGGUAG